GGCGUUGGUGGCGUCUUUUGGAGCGACUCGAAAUUUUUCAGUGUCGCUAGGGGCAGCGAAGAAGUAUGCCGCCACCUCGGUGAGCCGCGCAAGCCGGACGAAUGCAAGCUACUAGUCCAAGUCCAAAAUAGUUCCGUCGCGGCUGCACAACAAGACGGGGUCAAGAUGGGGUCCCAGCAGUUCUGCCUCAAGUGGAACAACCACCAGUCGAACAUGCUGGUCGUGUUCGAGCAGCUGCUCUCCAACGAGGCGCUGGUGGACGUGACGCUGGCCUGCGAAGGCCACUCGCUCAAGGCGCACAGGAUGGUGCUGUCUGCCUGCAGUCCCUUCUUCCAGGCUCUGUUCGUGGAGAAUCCUUGCAAGCACCCGAUCGUGAUCAUGAAGGACAUGCGCUACAUGGACCUCAAGGCCAUCGUGGAGUUCAUGUACAAGGGCGAGGUGAAUGUCUCGCAGGACCAGCUGUCGGCGCUACUCAAGACGGCCGAAGCGCUGAAGGUGAAGGGCCUCGCCGAGGUGACGGGUGAUAACAGGCACGGCCUGGUGAGCGUGGACGGUGCCGACUCGAGGACUAUAAGCACGGCGCGCGCAGACUCUCCGACAAUGUCCAAACGAAAGAGGGGACGACCACGAAGACGCUCUCGCAGUGACUCCAACAAGAGCGACUCUGAGGACCAGGGCGCACCACCGGCGACCCGCAUUAAGACACCGGAGUCUCCCGAGGUCAUCGAGGACGGCAGCUUGUCGAGCGACCGCGUGACGGCCGUGGCUGCAGAGUCACCUGCGGCGGCGCGAACCUCGUCGGGAGCUGUUUUGACGGCGGUGUCUUCGUCGUCCGCGAUGGUGGUGUCCAGUAACAAAGUGGUGGAGGGACUACGUGCGUCUGCGCUGGCGGCCAACAACUCGAUGUCGUCGCAGCAUACGAUAGAUUCAGUGGGGGACGACACGGGGGCGGAUGGGGACGACGUGGACUUUGAGCCGUCGAACCUCAUGGAACAGUCGAUGACCACGGACAACGUACGUAGCGUUCACUCAGCCGUAAGCGUGCGUGCACUGUUGCGUGUGCUAAUUUUUUUUUUUUUUUUGGCUGUGCAGGUACCGGUGUUCGCGGACGUCGCAUCAUCAUCAUCACAAGCGGCGGCGCUAGCGUCGGAAUCUCAACAGUCCCAUCACAAAGCGUCUACAUCAGACAUCCCUGCACUAGUUCAUGUUCCCGCCUCAUUGCCUUCAGACAUUUCAAUCUCCAGUCAACUCGACAUCAAGCCAUCUCCGUCUAGCUUAGUACCUCCAUUUGAAGAGCAGGCCAUCGUCCCCGUGGUUCCCCCGCAAGCGGCAGGCUCUGCGGACGGUUCGUCGAGCGCCAUGAUGAUGGCAUUUACCGACAUGUCGGGCGUGCCGGCCAUCGCAGGGCCCUCGAACUACCACCCGGACAACCAGCAGCCUACGCCUUCCCACGGUACGUAUUUUGCCCACCCUCCCCCUCCCCUCGAAACUCCCACUCCCUUCCUAAAGGCCACCCGAUUCCUCCCCGCAAUAUCGUGACGCCUAAUGUGCGGCAUCGUUUGCGGCGACGAGCGGUGUGGGCCGCAUUUUGCCACUGCUGCGAAGCGUCCUGGCCCAUUUGGGUGUGCCUGCUCGUAAUCGGCAACAGCACUACCUCGCAGCGGUGGCUUAUGCUCCCAUUUGCUAAGGUUUCAUUCAGGAUGUUCUAAAUGCUUUAGGGAACUGAAUAGGGUUUUACUGAGUUUGUGUGCCUUACACAUGUCUGUACAACCACCAUUGUAUUACACGAAAAGUAAAGGACUUUGCUCGCUUGUCCCCUAUUUUUUGUGUCUGGUGUGUUGUGCGAGUUACUCGUCGGCGCUUCGCGUUGUCAAGACGUCGCAAGUGGUCCUGGGUGCUUGCCGGCGAAGACUGCUGCGGCCUUUUUCGCGUGUUGCGUCACGGUCGGAGGUUUCGCGCCUGUCUGGACUUCGAGGCGACUUCUCUGCGAGCCUGGGUCUACUCCAACCUCGUCUGCUGGUGCGGUUCGACUCCAAGCACUGGCUUCGUCUGCUAGCGCGGGCUCGACUCCAACCGAUCGCGUUGCGUACCGCGUUGUCGGCAGCACCCGAAGAUUUCGUCCGGUGGUGAGUAUGCAUUGCUUGUCACUCUUUACCUCGUAGCUUGGCACUCCCUUUUUUUUUUUUUUUUUUUUUUUUUUUUAGUUUAUGUUUGUAAGCGAUUUCCUUAUGGUUUUAGUUGGGCAAUGUCUCGGUUUCUUUCUGUACUAAACUUUGCUGUAACCUGUAUGAAUUAAAAGUUGUGCCUUAUGCUUUGUCUUUUGCAAGUUCCCUCUGUAUGAAUGGUGACAUGGUGCAAGCGAAUUGCUUGAGACGGGUGCUUGUGUUUGCAGUUGGGUGACUGAUGUGUGGCUGGGGGACAGACACUACCUACGGUCGCUUGCUCCAAAUCCACGACGCUACACACAUUGGGGUCACACUUGGUACAUUGGGCAAGGAGAUACGGGGUCACUCUGGUAACCUGCUACACAACAUGCGCCGUAUGUAAGGGGUCACUCAAGGGUAAAACACUCCAUGAGGGUUGGUGGGUGGUGCCUAACGCUUUGGGGAUGGGUGCUCCGAUGCUGGGGUUGGGUCUCUGCAGCGGCAGUUGCGGCUUGCUGCCGUCUUGGAAUCCUGUCCAGUGUACCUGUGGUCCUGCUUGAUUUGGUGAGAUUUCGUCACUUGUGUUGUUGUUUGUGUCUUCCCCUUUUUUCUUUUUGUUGACGGAUCCUUGUCGUGUUGCAGGGGAUUCGUGGCCGCCAGCAGUGAAGCGGGCUGUCCUCGAUCCAGUCUUUUGAAGCUUACUGUGAAGACUACUAAAUCUAGCUCCAUUUUAAUCUUAGUGCAGUGGAAUUUAAGAUAAGUAGAGCCCUUUGGGCAUAAAUUUGGUUUUUGCAUUUGUAUAAUUGUAGCUAGCUUAAACAUGGAUGCCAGUGUGCUGUUAGAACCUGGUUAUGUAAUAAACUGUUUUUCACUUUA